GUGAACCAUCCCCUCCACGACCCGCCCAUCCGCCGCUUCUCCCUCAGCCUGGUCAGGUGUUCGUUUGUUUCCACACGAAAACUUUGCAUUUUGGUAAACUGAUCAGCUUCUGUGUCGUGACAAACCCAAUCCAGGACAUGUUGAGACGGAUACUUCAAAUGACUCCUGGGAAGGGAGGCUCCCAGAAUGCAGAGUCGGAGAAGCCCACCACUGACCUGAACCACGACCAGACGUCUGAGGGCUUCAUCUGUCCUCAGUGCAUGAAGUCUCACAACUCUGCAGACGAACUCUUCAAACACUAUGAGCUGUUCCACGACACUGGAGACCUCCCUGCUCAUGUGGCUCCCACGCGUGAAGACCUCACCAUGUUGCGGCAGGAGGUUCAGGAUCUCCACGCUUCUCUCAAGGAGGAGAGAUGGUUCUCUGGAGAACUAAAGAAAGAAUUGGACAAAGUUCAAGGACAACUGAAGCAAAACGAUGGGCCGAUAAGCGCCGAGGAUUCAGCCCUCGAAAGAAAGUUAGUGGAAGCAGAGACGGAGAAGUUCAACAUUAAGCAGAUGAAAGAUCUGUUUGAGCAGAAGGCGGCGCAGCUGGCCACGGAGAUAGUAGACCUGAAGUCUCGUUAUGACGAGGAGAAAAGCCUGCGGGAGGCUGCCGAUCAGAGGGUUUCCAGUUUGAGCGAACAGCUGCAGAGGGAGAACCAGGAGAACGAGAGACUCCAAACAGAAUUGCUGCAGCGGCCGGGAGUGGAGGACGUGGAGGUUCUUCAGAAGGAGCUGGUCCAGGUGCAGACGCUUAUGGACAGCAUGACCCGUGAGCGGGAGGAAGAGUCUGAGCGCCUCAAAAGCCACUACACAGAGCUGCAGGCUAACUACACUACCUCAGAGAUUCAAAAACUGGAGGUGACCAUAUCCCAACUAAAAGCCGAGCUGGAGAAGGGUCCACAGGAAGCUGCUGUCUACACGCAACAAAUCCACGAGCUGCAGGGAAAUCUCAAUAAUUUGCAGCAACAAUGUCAGAGUCUCUCUGAGAAACUUGUGCGUAAGGAGAAGGAGCUUCAAGAAGCGGCGGAUGCUCUGGGAGCCGAGAAAGCCGCCAAGAAGGGCGUCCAGGACAGCCUGAGGGAGCGGGACUCUGAGGUCCAGGAGCUCCAGGCUCGAGCCGCUGGGGCCGAAGCGUCCCUUCAGAAGGCCCAGGCUGAGCUGGCGGAGAGGGCCGAGGAGGCGGCCAAGCUCAGGAGCGAGAUAGUAGAGCUGGAGGUGAAACACGCAGAGCUGAAGGUGGAGAGGAAGCAGCUGGAGCAUCAGAAGGAGGAAAAAGAAAGCCAAGGUGCCCAGCAGCAGACAGAGAUCAGCCAGCUGCAUGCCAAACUGCUGGAGGCCGAACGGCAGGUAGGCGAGCUGCAGGGCCGUCUGAAGGAGCAGAGGCAGCUGUCUGGAGAGAAACUGAAGGACAGAGAGCAGCAAGCGGCCGACCUCCAGUUCAAACUCUCCCGAACUGAAGAACAGCUGAAGGAGAGCUGCAGUAAGAACUCGGACCUGCAGCACCAGCUGGAGAAAGCCAAGCAGCAGCACCAAGAGCUUCAGGCGCUGCAGCAAAACACCAAUGGCAAACUGCGGGAGGCACAGAAUGACUUGGAGCAGGUGCUGCGUCAGAUCGGAGACAAAGACCAGAAGAUCCAGAACCUGGAGGCUCUGCUCCAGAAGAGCAAAGACACUGUGAGCCAGCUGGAAGCGGAGAGAGAUGAUCUGUGUGCCAAAAUCCAGGCUGGGGAGGGAGAGACGGCGCUCCUCAACCAGCUGAAAGAGAAGAACCACGCACUGCAUGAACAGGUUGUGCAGUUGACGGACAAGCUGAAGAACCAAUCGGAGAGCAACAAGCAGGCCCAGGACAACCUUCACAAGCAGGUCCAGGAGCAGAAGACUCAGCUGCGUUCAGCCCAGGACCGAGCGCAGACCCUGGAGACGUCCGUCACCGAGCUCACUGCCCAGCUCACCGACAGCAAGGAGAAAGUAUCCCAGCUGGACGCUCAGCUGAAGGCCAAAACAGAGCUGCUUCUGUCUGCAGAGGCGGCCAAGGCUGCACAGAAGGCCAACCUGGAGAACAGCCUGGAGGCGUCUCAGCAUGCUCUGCAGGACAAACAGCAGGAGCUGAGCGAAGCUCAGAAGAGGCUGGAGGAUCAGGCCCAGAGGCUCAGAGACAGACAGGAGCAGAGUGCCCAGCUGGAGAGCAGCCUGAAGGAAUGUAAAGACAAACUACUGGCCUCAGAGCAGCGGGUGGAGCAGCUGGAAGGGCUCAGCAAGAAACUGGAGUCUCAGGCGGCGGAGGUGCAGACCGCGAGAGAUCAGCUCCAGCUGGAGGUGCAGAAGUUGCAGAAGGAAAGUUCAGAGGUGAAACGGAGAGCGAAGGAGCUGCAGCGCUCCCUGGAAACAGAAAAGGAAGGAACAAAGAGUCUGCACGAGGAGCUGCAGAAAAAGGCUGCAGCUGCGAGUGGCGUGCAGCAGCAGCUGGAGCGCUGUGAGCAGGAAAUGGCGGCUCUGAAGGUGAACCUGGACAAGGUGACCCAGGAGGGACAGAGUCAGCAAGUGGAGCUGAGCAAGAAGGCUCAGAGUCUGGCUGCGGAGCUGCAGAAGGUCCAGCAGGAGAAGGAGGCGCAGAGGAAGGAGCUUGGAGCGAUUCAGGAGAGCCUGCAGAAGGCCAACAAGGCUCUGAAGGAGAGUCAGAAUCAGCUGGAGGCCGACAGGAAGAACCAUAAAUCAGCCAUGGAGGACAAGGACAAGUCUAUUGAAAAGACAAGAAAGGAGCUUUUGAAAACCAACGAGGCCAUCACUAAGAAAAUGAACGAAUCGAAGGAGCAGCUGGAGCAAACGAGAGAGGCAGAGAAAGCGUUGCAGGCGCAGCUCACGUCAUUUGAGCAGCAGCACUCAAAGACUCAGGGGACGCUGAAGGCAAAGGAGGAAGAGUUGAAGAAUUUGCAGGAUCAGCUGAAGACAGUUCGGGGAUCCAUGGAGGAGGAGGCGAAGAGGCUGAGCGGACAAGUGGCUGAGCUGCAGGGAGCGGCUGUCAAGACGGCGGAGGAGGAGAGGAAACUGGCAGCUCGGGUGUCGGAGCUCAGCCAGGAGCUGACUGCUGAGAGGAGCCGGGCGGCGGAGCUGCAGCAGUCCCUGCAGCAAAGCCAGGAAAACCUCUCAAAGCUUCAGUCCGACUUUUACGGCAAAGACUCUGAGGUUUCCUCUCUGCGUCAAGACCUCAAGAGCUCAGAGGAGAAGCUGAGUAUGGCGCAGGAGGAGCUGGCCGCCAAUCGGACGCAUCAGUCGGCUUUAGAGGCUCAGAUCCAGGAACUGAAGGCGGCCCGGUCCGCUCUGGAGCAAGAACUCUCCAAAUGCCACCAGACGCUCCAGCAGCAGGAGCAAACCCUGAAGGAGCUGCAAAAGCAAGAGGGUCAAGUUAAAGAGGAACUGCAGAAGGAGAGAAGCAAGGCGGAGGAGCUGAGCAAAGCCAAGAGCGCACUGGAAAAGAACAGCAGCAAGCUGACCUCUGACCUGAAAACGCUGGCGGAGAAAAGUGAGAAGGAAGUAGGAGAGUUGCAGGAAGCCAAGCAGCUGCUGAUCCAGCAGAAACUGGAGCUGCAGGGUCAAGUGGAGGCCAUGCAGGGGGCGCUCAAGGAGGAGCAGAAGGAGCACCAGGUCACCAAGGACAACAGGAGCAAGCGAGAGGAGCAGCUCCUCGUCCAGACAAAGGAAGUCCAGGAGCAACUCGCGGCGGAGAGGAGAGCCAGAGAGGAGCAGGUGAAGCGCGGGGAGGAGGCCGAAGCUAAGCUGAGCAUGCAGGUCACGGCCCUGAAUGAAAACGUGGCCACACUGAAGAGGGAGUGGCAGAGCAGCCAGCGGAGAGUCGGCGAGCUGGAGAAGCAGACGGACGAGCUGAGAGGAGAAAUCGCUGUGCUGGAGGCUACAGUCCAGAACAACCAGGACGAACGGCGCGCUCUUCUGGAGAGGUGCGUCGCAGGUGAAGGCGAGAUCGAGAAGCUCCAGGCCAAAGUGGUGGAGCUCCGGAGGAAGCUGGACGACACCACGGCGGCCAUGCAGGAGCUCGGCAGAGAGAACCAGUCGCUCCAGAUCAAACAGUCGCAGAGUCUGACCAGAAAGUGGGCGGAGGACCAUGAAGUCCAGAACUGCAUGGCUUGUGGGAAAGGCUUCACCGUCACGGUCAGGAAGCACCACUGUCGACACUGCGGGAACAUCUUCUGCGGCGAGUGUUCGGCGAGGAACGCCCUCACGCCGUCCUCCAAGAAGCCCGUUCGGGUUUGCGAGACGUGCUUUGAGGAGCUCCAGGGCUGAUCUUCAGUGUUCUCCUGCCCCUCAGCUCCCUCCCUUUAACCCUUUAUAUUCCAGCGGGCAGAAGAAGGCUCGUCUUUGUCAUUUUUAAUGUGCACUAAUGAAAGACCGCCCCAGCGCAAAAAAGACUCCCAUUUGCAUUGGCCGUCUGUCCGUGGUGCGGAGGAGACGCAGCGGAGAUGCAGUGGGAUCAGCUGGGACCGUCCGUAUCUGUUUUUGUGCCUUUUGCUCCUCCUGUGGACUGCCAGAGAGCGGAGGCGGUGGAUCCGCGCUCACCUCUUUUAAGUUCGUAUUCAGGCCUCCAUCGGCGUUCGGCAUCGUCAGCAGUUGUGAGGUGGCUGCUUUGAUCUUUGCUCAUGUCUGCUAGUGUCACACUGCACCGGGGAAUGAACCGACUCGGCGCAGUGCCGCUCUGCCAUACAAAGAUAAAUGCAAGUAACUUAUUAUUCGCUUGUAAUUAUACACGUCUACUAUAGAACUCUUGAAUUCAUGCGUUUGAAGUGAGAAAGCACUACCUAUAAAAGUAUAAUAAAAAAAAAAAAAAUCCUGUUAACCAAAAAUACAACCAUAUUUAGGUUCUGAAAACUGCAGAAAAAACUGGACUGGUCUGUCUUUUCUAGGCCAAUAACUAUCUCCACUUCUGAUAGACAUUUUUUCCAUAAGGACAAACAAUAAUAGAAGAAACGAAUCCUGCAGCUACUUUGGUACCAGUAGAGGCAAUGAAUCCUAUGGAAAGUGAAGAAAUUCCAAAAAAUAAUGGAUCAAUCCAAACGUCUCAAACUUAUGUUUGGUGCAGUAAAGCACGUAAAUGCAUGUAUUGACCAAAAAUAGUGUUCGUUUUUAGUAGAAUGAGAGCUUUCUUUUUUUCUGGUUUCACCUGCAGAUCACACCCAUUAAAUAAUCACAGCAAUUAAUUUGUCACCUUAAAGCAGUGCUACUCAAUUCCAGUCCUCAGGCCCCCAGCUCUGCAUGUUUUAGAUGUGUUCUUAGGGAACAGCUGAUCCAUGUGGUUGCAUGACCACAGAUUCAAUCCAGGUGUGGCAGAAGGGAAACGCCUAAAACAUGCAGGUCAGGGAGGCCUGAGAACCCGAAUUAAGAAAUACUGCCUUAAAGUCAUAAAGCUACGUUUUCACUUAACUAAAGAUUAAUUCCAGGUUCUAAAAAUUGCAUUUGUUUUUCAGUUUAUCCUAUUAACUCCAGUUUUGAUUCCAUUUAUUAUUUUGGUCCUGAAGAUUAAAACACAUAAAAACUGAAAAUGUUCUGGAUUUUCUUACAGCCGGUGCAGGAGUUAAUCUUUGAAGCAUAUUUUGGUCCACUUUGUUGAUGUCCUUAUGAAAACGGAGAGAGUUAUUAAUUUUGGCGAACUCAAAAGACAAAAAGAAAAAAAUCUCAUUUUCUUUGUGUUUGACUUUCUAUUGGCUGAUUCUCAUCUCUCGCCAACGGAUUGGUGCAUCUCUGCUAAGAGAGUAAAAGCAGAAAUGGCUAAACAUUUGUUGGAAUCAGCUGAAGUAUUUACUUUCUAUAUGUAAAUUUCAUUAAAUAGACACUCAAAUUAGACCUUUUUAAAUUGUCAAACAUUUACAGUGUUUAUCUUUUUCAUGAUUUCUUCAAAGAUCAGUCAUCUUGUCCAGAACCUGUCAUGUUAGUUACUUCCUGUUCUCUUUGUAUGGCAGCAUGUUUCCUAAGCUGCAGAAAUGUAUGUAUUGAGUCCAUUUCAUGACCAAAGAAUGUCUGCAGCAGAGUUUGUAAUGUGUCAGUAUUUGCCUGAAAGCGUUUGUGACAUUUUUUAUUGUGAGUCUUUUUGUUGCUUUGUCACUUGAGUGCGUGUGUGUUUAUUAACUUCAGGUUGUGGUGAUGCAGUAACUGAAGGUGCCUCCAUGUUUUAAUUUGGUCUUUUCUGCAGUCCAACAGCACUGAUUGUGUUUGAGUGUGUGCGCUCUGCUUUGAAGCAAUAACUGUACUGGUGUGUGUGUGUGUGUGUGUGUGUGUGUGUGUGUGUGUGUGCGUGUGUGUGUUCACGAUCAUGCCUGCUGCAUGAAUCCUAGCUGCUCAGAAGCUCAGCAUCUCUGACUCGAGGUUCAGGAUCUGCUGCCUUCAGGUACAGCAGUUACUGUCGCUUCUCUGUCCAGCUCAGAACACUGUAAAGCUAAAUUCCUGCUAUUUUAAUUUAUAAUUGCUUGUGGGAUCUAUUGUACUUUUUUUUUUGUUUUUUGACUGGAGCAGGUGGAAACACUGUAAACAGAUUAUGCACAGUAUUCUGCAGCAAGCAGCUUGUUUUAGCUCUUUUUGCCUGAAUGAUCAUCUGACACGAAUGUCCAUUUCACCUUCUGACAAAUGUUUUUAUUAUGUCAAAUUGGUUUCAUGCCUCCCUCACCUCGACUGAGGAAAAAGCACUAUUUCUAGGCAUUGGACAUCACAAAUGUAUUACUACUUGUAUCCGAGUGAGGAUUUACGACUGGUGAGAGGUUUUGCACCUUACCCUACUCCUGGCCCAUCUUUGCGAGGCUGCAAACAUUAGACAACCAACUUUAUUCAGGCUUCAGUAUCUCCUGCUUGUUAUUCACUAAUGCUGUCAUAGUUAUCUUUGUAAAUGUUCGUAAUGAGAGAGGUGAAUUACUUACGUGUGGCCGUAGACAUGUGCUGUAAAACAGUUUGGAUUCAUCAGUGUCUCACUCAUUUUUACAAAGCGAUACCACAGACUUGCUUCAGACACUUUACUGGCUUCACGUGUUGCUGUCGGUUAUCGUGCAUGACGGCUUUACUUUUCAGUUUAGUGGAUGUAGCUGGUGGUUGCGAAGGUGUGCCUGAGGCCAGGUUCCUCUGCUGCUUGCUGAGAUCUUGUACAGUCUGGGUGGCUUCGUUUGACCUGCCUGGAGGGAUGAGGUGGUGUAUUCUGUGUUCACAUGCGCCAUGUUGAUUUUCUUUUUCAUUGUCAUGACAAGUGUAAAUAAAAACCUGCGGUAUGUUUCUAAAGGUC